AUGUAAGAAUCAGUAUCGGCUUAUCUGAAAACUGAACCAGAUUCACUUAAAGACCAUCCAUCAAGUAAAUUUAGACCAAAUAUUAUAUAAAACAACCAACGAAUUAUAAAUGGUAAGAAAGUUACAUGCUUGAACAUUAAAAAAUAAACCCAAUAAAAUUAAAAAGAUGCGUGGAAAUAAAUGUUUGGCAAUUUUUUACAUGAUGUAAGUUUAAAAUAAAAAAAGAAACAAUUUUCACCAGACACAUAAGAAGUACAUAAUUUUUACAUUAUUAUAGCACCUUUAGGAUCCAUUAGUAAAUGAAAUUCCUAUUCUACUUCCUUGUACUAAUAGGUAAUUCAAGUUAGAGUUCUACAAAUAUCUUGAAGGAGAAUAAUCAAUUUAAGAAUUAAUGAAAACCAUUAAUUUUCCUCAUGUUCAUGCAGUAUUUCUAUUAAAUCUAUUCUAAACUAGAUGUAAAUUUAGGAUUCUAAAAUUCAUCAGAGAAAAUUGUCAAUUGUACAAAAAAUCAAAAAAUUUAAGAAUUAUGGAUACACUAAAAAUAAUGAAUCUACUCCUUUAUUAGAUAUUAAUAGUUCUACUAGACAACUUAAAGCACAUUAAAUCCAUCUUGUUGAUCAAAGGAGAUUUACUGAAGCUGGAAAAUUAUUGGAUAUUUUUAAGACAAAAAUAAACAAAAAGAUUUAGGUUUUGAGAGACUUUGUUUAAUCAAGAGUACUUUUUAAUUUUAAUUUUUUUUAGAUUGAUUUACGCAAAUCUUUAAACAAAGAACAAAGAGAAGAAGAAAUACGAAAUAUUCAUUUCAUUAAAACAUUCUUUGAUAUCACUAAUGAUUAUAAUUAACAUAUUCAGUAACAAUAAGAUGAACUUUAAGAUGAUGCUCAAUUUUAUAAAAAAUUAAUACCUUGUUAACGCAAAUUAAAAUAAUUAUUAGUAAAUUAUGAUAAUGUAUAACCAAUCGUUAAACAUUAAGAAAAACAUUUUGACAAAUUUGAUUAUCCUUCAUUAGGUAUGUUAAAAAAUUAAAUGAAUUAAUAUUCUAAAGAUUAUUUAAUGGAAUUAGAAUAGCAAAAAUAAAUUUAAUUUAAAUUAGCUUUAAACCAAGUAAGAAAGCUAUUAGAAUAACAAAAUAUUAAAUUUUAAUCUGAAUUAAGAAAAUCUAAUAUUAAAAGUAAUUAGAAUUCUAAAUCCUAAUCUCCCCUUUUAAUUAAAUAGCGAUAGGAUUAUUUAUUAUAAAAUAAAGUUAAAUUAUCUGCUGAUUGUGCAUUAGAUGUUGUAGUAGCUACUCCUAAACAUCAUCGUAAAUAUCAAUCAAUUUGUUGUUUGAAGGAUUCUAUUUCUGAUCCUAGAAAAAGAAAGUAAUAUGAAAUUACAAAAAAACCUUUUUACCUUUUUAGUAAAUAAAUAGAGGGAAAUAAAAAUUAAAAAAAUUAAAAAGGUUUGAUUACAAAUUUUGAUGUUAAACUAUAUGAUUAUAUUCACAAUAGAAAUAUAUAUACAUUAAAUAAGCAGUAUAAUAAUAAAACUUAUUUUAGAGUUAAGGAGAUGACUUAGAAAUUUCAUACAAUGGUUGAAAGUGAACAUGAAUAAAAAUUAAAUGAAAAAUUAGAUACACAUUUAAAUCAAUUAAAAAAUAGAAAAUUGAAAUUCCGUUAAAAUGGAUCUUUAGAAACAUAAAAAAGAGUACAAACUUAAAGUUAGCCAGAUGAAAUUUCAGAUGAUUAAUCAUUAUAAUCAAUAUAUGAAGUAAACCUUGAUGCUUUAUAUAAUUAAUCUAAUUAAUUGACAAAAAAGUUAAGAGAAAAAAAUGAUGCUGGUUUUGCUAAAAGAAUAAAACAAUUGAUAAGAUUAGAGGAAGUGAAUUAGUAAUUGAAAAUAUUUAUUAUUUAGGUAAUGCCUGAAAACAAAUUUGUAGAAAUUAAACAAAUCUUAGAAUUCUCUAAAUAAUUGA